CAGUGCAUUCUUUCUUCGCAGUCAGUCAACCAGCAUCAGAGCAGUUACUCGGCUAGUGACUUUUGAGUGCAAUUUACGAAAUCUGCUUUCGCAAUUUGCUCGCUUUCAGUGAUCGAUGAAGACCUAUAACAACAAUUGAACGGUGAUAAGACGAAUAAAUCGGCGAAAACUUUGCUGUGGGAUUCAUUUUAAUAUAGGUAGGGUGCUGGUGCUACUAUACUAUACGGGCCUGAUCAAGGAUGCCGCGACUGUACGAAGAGGAUGAAGCCCGAAGGCCAAUCCUGCAACCGGACACGGAUAGUGAGGAUCCACCGGUUCCAGGGCGGUCAAGCGGGUCACGGAACCGGAGGCAAACCGACGAUGACGAAUUUAGCGAGCAGGCACUGUCCGGGUGCGGUGCCAGUGCCUGCUGUAAUCCCACCUCGUUCCUGCAUCGUUUCAUGGCACUGAUCCUGAUGUGUUUAGUUGGGUUUGGAUCGUACUUUUGCUACGAUAAUCCCGGAGCGCUGCAGGACAAGUUCAAAUCCGAUCUGGACCUAACGACGUCGGAGUUUGUGUGGCUGUACUCGAUCUAUUCGUGGCCGAACGUGAUUCUGUGCUUUAUUGGGGGCUUUCUGAUUGAUCGAGUGUUCGGCAUUCGGUUCGGAACGAUUAUCUACAUGUUUAUUUUGUUGAUUGGACAGCUUAUUUUUGCCACCGGAGGGCUGAUCAAUCAGUUUUGGUUGAUGAUUCUCGGGCGCUUUUUGUUUGGUAUCGGAGCCGAAUCGUUAGCCGUGGCACAGAAUAAUUACGCUGUUCUGUGGUUUAAAGGAAAAGAGUUGAAUAUGGUCUUCGGUCUGCAGCUUUCGUUUGCUCGCGUCGGCAGUACGGUGAAUUUCUUGGUGAUGGUUCCCGUGUACAACUACGUUCGAAGCUUGGGCUAUCAGGGGCAUCAAUGUACCGGAGUGGUCCUUUUGAUGGCCACUUUAACUUGUGUGAUGUCAAUGCUCUGUGCACUGAUGCUGGGUUGGAUGGAUAAACGAGCUGCCCGCAUCCUGCGGAGGAACGAUAAUCCUCCCAACGGGGAAGUUGCACGGCUGUCCGAUAUUAAGACGUUCCGCAUCACGUUCUGGAUGGUGACGGUGAUUUGUGUCGCCUACUAUGUGGCUAUCUUCCCCUUCAUCGCUCUGGGGAAGGUGUUUUUCAUGAGAAAGUUUGAUUUUACGCCAGAGGAUGCCAAUACGGUUAAUUCUAUUGUGUACAUCGUGGCUGGAGUGGCCAGCCCGCUGUUAGGAUUGGUUAUUGAUCGCACAGGAAAGAAUGUCCUGUGGGUGUUUCUGUCGAUUAUCGUGACGAUGGUGGCUCACGGCCUGCUAGCAUUCACGUUCUAUAAUCCGUACAUUGCGAUGAUAACGAUGGGCAUGGCCUACUCGAUGCUAGCCAGCAGUUUGUGGCCACUGGUGGCGCUCAUCGUGCCGGAGUAUCAACUGGGAACCGCGUACGGAAUCUGCCAAUCGGUGCAGAAUCUAGGUUUGGCGGUGAUUUCUAUGCUUUCGGGUGUGAUUGUAGAUAAGGGAGGGUAUUUUAUGUUGGAAAUAUUUUUCAUCGGAUGGCUUGUUGUUUCUCUUUUGGCUACAAUUGUCAUCUGGCUAUAUGAUGGAAACAACAGUGGAAUUUUAAAUAUGACGCCUGCGGAGCGAGAAUUGCAUGCCAGCAAACUCCUGCGCGAGGAACCGAAGAGCCGCUCGUCGCUGGACAACAUUGCACCCACCGUCACCGCGGUGGGUUCACUGAAUGCCGACCGGGAGGAGGAAGAGGAGGAAAUCAAUUCACCGGCACCGGAGUCCAUUCGGAACCGGUACGUUAGCCGGGUGCUGGACAGCACAGCCGGACAGAACCAGAGCGAUUCGGAGCCGCUGAUUGAGUAGAGAAGCUGGUGGUCGCCAGAGGUUUCUAGUAUUAGCAGGUGAUUCUCGAGCCAUUCCCCAAUCUCCAGAUUUUUUUGUUUCUCGAGCCGAAUGAGGGAGUUGGGAGUUAUUUUUUUAUUGCGUAGGAUUAGUCACAUUCAAUUAUUGUAUAUUUCUGUUUAGAGUUAGAAACGAUUAUGUUUAGCACAAUUUACAAAAGACAAAAAAAUAUUAAAUUGAAAACAAGAAAACCUAUAUAUGUAUUGUACAACAAAAAUUUAAAUAUUUAUGCAAUAAUCGUGUUACAAAAGGUAUUCGGCUAUAUUCUAAGAAAUGAGACGAUGGAAGAUCAUGAAAACUAACCGGAAUCAAACAAAACCGAUGUUGCUCGUUGUUAUUACAUACUACAAGUCUAGAUGAAGUGUUUAUUUUACCAGGGCAUCCGAUUUUGGUGCCCGAAAUUGUUUUAUCUUAUAACCGUGCUGUGUAAAUGUAUGUGAACGAUCCUAAAACAUUGGAUAUUAUUGUAAAAGCAUAAAGGAAUGUGUGCUUCUGAGAUCUCUAAAAACGUUUGUUCGUCUGAAUCAGAAGCAGUGAGCAUUUGAUAGAAAUUUUUGUGCCGAAUCCGGUCAGUUGCAGUUUAGCAUUAAAAGCAUGCCUAUAUAAAUGUAAGAAACCUAAUAAUGCGUUUAACACUCAACAAUUAUAUUUUAACCUAGGACCGUAAAACACUGAUUCUAUGCGGCAAACUAUGUCGGAAAAGUGGCAAAUAAUAAAACUGCAUCAAAUUGAUAGAACUGUAAACAUAUCCUAUACCCAAAAAGAAGUAACAAUAUUCACCUGUAAGGGACGGUAAACUUAAACCGAAUUAAUCCAUUAAACAUGUACUGAUUGCCAAAUUAUCUAUCAACAAUUUAACCGAGUGCUUUCAAGAAGCGUUUUAAAUAAGACACUAAUUGCUUACACAAAAUCACAAUACCUGAUUACCUAAAAAACAACAUUGUAUUAAACUGGAUGUGAU